GUUUAACUGAACAUGAAAUCUACAGCUAUGAAGCCACUCAUCUUAGCGGGUGGAAAAUCCACUCGAAUGGGAUUUCCGAAACAUCUCCUGACCAUGCCUGAUGGCCGCCCUUUAUAUCAACACCAAAUCGAGGUUUUACGCAAAGCAUGCCCUGAGGCAGAGACUGUCUACAUUUCUCUUGCUCAAGAUUCGGAGAUGGAUGAGCUUCUACAGAACGCCAGCAAGGUUUCGUACGAAGCCACUCCAGGAGAAAAUAGCAUCGAGAUUAUUCUGGACCUGGAAUCGAGUCAAGGGGAUGAGUCGAAGGGGCCAGCAACGGGAAUACUUUCUGCCUAUGAUUCAGAUCCUGAGGCGACUUGGUUGGUUGUGGCCUGUGACUAUCCUUGCAUCACUCCAUCUGCCCUUCAAGAAUUACAAUCACGCUACAAACCUCCUGUUACAUGCUUUAAAAACCACGAAGGCUUCUGCGAGCCUCUCUUGGGAAUAUGGAGUCCACAAGCUAUCAGCCAUCUCAAGGAGAACUGCAAAGCAGGAAAACUCAGUCCCAGCAAGGCUGUUCGGGAACUUGACGGUCACACGUAUCUUCCUGAAGACUCGGAAGCAUUACUACGAAACGUAAACAUCAAAUCGGAAUGGGAAGAUGCGCUGAGAUCACUGAGAGAUGAGCCGACAGACAAUUUCAUGGAAGAGCCUUUGGAGGCGCUGUAA